CGACUUCGUGAACAUUUCCGCUGCGUCCUCAACAACAUCACAUCAUUUACAACAAAGCAGAAGUUGGACAUCACUGACUUUAUACCAGCGAACCCAAAUCCAGCAUCAAGAGCAAAAACCAGCCCAAUAUUUAGAGAACUACUGAGUCGAGGAAACAGCUGAAUGAUGAGUGCUGCUCAGAGUCAAACAACACUGGUGUCCAAACUGGAGGCCCUGCAGUGCCACUUCACCUGGGAUCUGGACCACAGCAGGAACAAACUUUUCCGUUUCCGUGACCAGCUGGAGGACAUCGGCACAGAGGAGGGAAACUGCUGGCUGGGUCACAUUUACAACUUGCGGGGGUUCAUUCAAUACAAGCUGGGGCUCACUAAAGAUGUCCAGAGUUUGUUCAACAAGGCUGCAGAGGCCUUCCGCCAGAUGAGAAGUGCAGAUGAGGGUCCCUGGUUAGUGGUGAACUACGGGAACCUGGCUUGGCUGAACCACCACCUGGGAGACCAAGCAGAGAGUCAGGCUUAUCUGACAAAGAUCGACGCCCUGAUGAAUAAAUACCCAUCUCCAUCCCAGGACGAGCUCCAUCCAGAGAUCUACACUGAAAAAGCCUGGACCCUGAUGAAUUUCAGCACAGACAAAAAGCUGGCUGAAGAUUACUUCUAG